ACAGUCUCUUCCUGCAGAGCUCAGGCGCGUUCCUUACGCCGGAAGCUUAUAAAGAAACGCGGGUCCGCCUUGUGAAACACCAAACGGGGAUGGAGGUGAAGAUUGGAAUUAUUGGUGGGUCAGGAUUGGGUGAUCUGGACAUUUUGGAGGAAAAGACUGAGAAAUGUGUAGAUACGCCAUUUGGAAAGCCUUCAGAUGCCCUGAUACUGGGGAAGAUCAAAAAGGUUCAUUGUGUUCUCCUUGCUAGACAUGGGAGGGGACACACUAUUAUGCCAACACAUGUCAACUUUCAAGCAAACAUCUGGGCAUUGAAGCAGGAGGGUUGCACCCAUAUUAUUGCUACUACUGCCUGUGGCUCUCUGCAGGAAGAAAUCCAGCCUGGGGAUAUUGUCAUAAUCGACCAAUUUAUUGACAGAACAACAAAGAGGCAUCAGACGUUUUAUGAUGGCAGCUCAGCCAACCCGGUAGGAGUUUGUCAUAUUUCAAUGGCUGACCCAUUCUGUCGGAAAACUAGAGAGGUGUUGAUAGAUGUUGUAAAGAAACUGGGAAUUAAACACCAUGCAAAGGGAACCAUGGUUACUAUUGAAGGGCCCCGUUUCUCCUCUCGAGCUGAGAGCCUGUUGUUUCGUCAGUGGCAAGGUGAUGUCGUCAACAUGACCACUGUUCCUGAGGUGGUACUGGCUAAAGAAGCAGGCAUUUGCUAUGCUAGCAUUGCCAUGGCAACCGACUACGACUGCUGGAAGGAGCAUGAAGAGGCGGUGUCUGUGGAAAAGGUCCUCAAAAUAAUGAAGGAGAAUGCAAACAAGGCUUUGAGUAUUAUUCUCACCGCAAUUCCACAGAUUGCAUCCAUGGAUUGGUCCGAGAGUAUCAAGAGUUUGAGAGUCUCUCAGGAAGGAUCAGUUAUGUUGCCAAAGCAUUAAAACUUAAGUGACUGGAAGACGGUUCAACUCCUCAAUUCACGUUACAGCCAAUACCAGUGAUUAUGUUCACUACCUGUUCCCAAUAUGUUACUGUCACUGUAUACAUCACAUCAAUAAAAAUUCAAACAGUC